AUGAUGGAUUAUGAAAAUUGGAGUAUUGAAGAAACUAGUAUCUGGGCCGAUAAGUUCGAAUUAGGAGAUAAAUUUUUAGAACAUGGGAUAGAUGGAAGCCUGUUAAAAGAAUUGGAGAUGAAUGAUUGUAAAGAGAUAUGUGGAGGUGAUAAGAAGAAAGCUGUGAUGUUGAAGAUGAAUCUCAACCAGUUGGUGGAUGAUGGAGGUGAAGGUGAGAGGAAAGAGAUUGUUGCUGCGUUAAAGAAUCUUUAUAAUUGUGUGAAUCAAAAAUUGAUAGAUUAUCAGUCACAAUAUAGUCGAUUACGGCUUGAUGUAUUGGAAUUAUCCAAGAGUGCAGGGGUUACCACUGGAGCAGGGACUGUAGCAGCAGGAGUAGGAGUAGGAACAGGAACAGGAGCCAAUAGUGGAGCUAUCAGUAACACACCGUCGCCCACAGAAAUGGAUCAUCCCUCGAAGGAGAAUCUUGUUAAAGAAAGUACACCUAGUAUGAAUGAACCGUUGAAACAUCUUCGAGCAUCGAAAGAUGAUUCGUGUGAGAGAAUAUUACGUAGCGCAAUGAAAAGAUAUAAAUUAAACGAUCAAGAUUGGAAACAAUAUGUAUUAGUUAUUUGUUAUGGUGACCAAGAAAGGAUCUUGGAAUUGGAUGAAAGACCGGUGGUAAUCUUUAAGAAUCUAAGGCAAAGAGGGUUACAUCCAGCGAUAAUGUUAAGACGGCGAGGAGAUUUUGAAGAGUUGGAUAUAAAUGAUAUGGAUCCUACGCCUGGAGGGAAGUUAUAG